UGGUGGGUGGCUGGGUGCUUUUGAAUUUUUUGGAUGUGAAGCACUGAUUUAUUUUUUUUCUGAGUUUACGAAGGUAGGAGCUGUGCUGCCAUGGAACCCAAGAAGACUGCUGCUGCAGAGGCCGGCGAGAGGAAGAAGGAGAAGGUGACGCUGGAAAUGAAGAAGGAGAUCAUCGGGAAGCACGACAGUGGAAUGCGUGUGACAGACCUCACCAGGGAGUACGGCAGGAACCCAUCGACCAUCGGCACCAUCCUGAAGAUGAGGGAAAAGAUCCUUGCGACUGAUGCAGCCAAGGGAGUCACCAGGAUCGUGAAGAACCGCCCAGCUGUUCUGGAGGAGGUGGAGAAGUUGCUGCUCAUCUGGUUAGAAGAGAAGCAGUGUGCAGGGGACACAGUGACUGAGGCCGUCAUUUGUGAGAAGGCCAAGGCCUUGCAUGCAGACCUCAUCCGGGAACAGCCAGGAACCUCAGGUGAGCCAGAAGUCUUCAAGGCAAGCAGAGGCUGGUUUGACCGCUUCAAGACAAGAUCUGGAAUCCACAGCGUGGUCAGGCAUGAAGAGGCUGCCAGUUCUGAUGUUCCUGCGGCUGAAGACUUUGCAGCGGAGUUCCUGGAGCGGCUGUCCUCCAAAGAACUGAGGGACAUUUGCCAGAAGUGGAAAGAUGUGCAGGCUUUUGCACAGUGGCACCACCCUGACAAGGACCUGACACGUGACCUUGCGAACACUUUUGAUACGAGGGUCAUGUUGUCUUUCAGGGAGGUGAUGAAAAGGCGGAUGAAGCAGCAGACCAUGGACAGGUUCUUCAGCAAGAAGCAAAGAGUGGAAGAGGAACCUUCUUCGAGUUGUCCCCCAGAGUCUUAGAAAAUGUACUGUACACUUUGUUGAUUUUUAAAUGUUUUUCUGUCAUGUUUAGAAACUUAAUUUAUUGUUCCUUCAAUUUUUGAAAUGCUCUUUACAGUAUGUGUGACUUUAAAGAGCACUUAAUAAACUCUUUUUGUACCAAA